AUGACGCACUCCUUAAGCCCGUGCACUGAUGGCAGUCCCUCACUCUGUGGGGUGGCUGUGCCACAGCCCGUGGCCAACAGCUGCAACGAGCCCUGCGUGGUGCAGUGCCCCGACUCGACGGUGGUCAUCUACCCUCCGCCAGUGGUUGUCACCAUCCCUGGACCGAUCCUCAGCACCUUCCCGCAGCAGAGCACCGUGGGGUCAGUGGGAGCCCCUGAAGUUGGAAGUGGUUUCAGUGGUGCCCCAGCUCCUGGGGGUCUGCACGUCUCUGGGGGUGCCCGGUGGGCUCGGGGGUACCCGGUUGGGAGCUGCAAACCGUGCUGA